CCACUCUCUCAUAAUUUCCACAACUACUGUACUCUUCGAUCUUCUCUCUCUUGCUUCACAUUUUUAUCUUCUUUCCCUCUCUACAAUAUGCUUAAACUCACAGGGUUUGUGCUGCUACUAUUAGCCUCCAACUUGUGUGUUUCAUUUGGAGCAUUACUUCCAAAUGGAGAUUUUGAGUUAAGUCCAAGCUCAACACAACUUAGUGGGACGAAAGUUGAGGGCAAAUAUUCAAUUCCUCAAUGGGAAAGUUCAGGGUUUGUAGAGUACAUAACAUCAGGCACCAAGCAACAAGACAUGGUGUUAGUAGUCCCUCAAGGUAAACAUGCUGUGAGGCUAGGCACUAAUGCUUCAAUUAGGCAAAAAGUGGCUGCUCAAUCAGGUAAAUUCUAUGCUCUCACCUUCAGCUUUGCAAGGACUUGUUCUCAAGAAGAGGUACUCAAUGUUACAAUCACCCCUAGCUCCAAGGGACAUUCUGGUAUCUUGCCACUACAAACUGUAUAUUCUAGUGUUGGAUUCGACUCGUAUGCUUGGGGAUUCCGGGCUGAGGCCAACGUUAUCGAAAUUUCCCUCCACAACCCUGGCCAACCUGGUGAAGAUCAUGCUUGUGGACCUCUUAUUGAUACCAUUGCUCUCACCAUUUUGGACUCAGUAAAGCCUACCGGAGGCAAUUUGGUAAAGAAUGGAGACUUUGGAGAAGGGCCUUAUGUGUUUCAUAGCUCAUCAUGGGGUGUCCUACUCCCUCCUAACGUCGAAGACAGUCACUCCCCCUUACCAGCCUGGAGAAUCGAGUCCCUUAAGGCGGUCAAGUACAUCGAUUCCCUUCAUUUCUUCGUGCCUGAGGGCCAAAGAGCCGUUGAGAUCGUUGGUGGAAAAGAGAGUGUCAUAGCUCAAACCAUAAGGACUCAACCAGGCAAGUUGUAUGCACUUACAUUCAUUGUUGGUGAUGCUAACAAUGGGUGUGUUGGUCCCUUGGCGAUUGAGGCAUACGCCGCCAAGGCAACCAUUAGAGUUACCUAUAACUCUAAGGGCAAAGGUGGAUUUACAAGAGGUAAACUUGUGUUUAGGGCCGAAAAGCGUACUACAAGCAUUAGGUUCUUGAGCUCAUUGUACACCAUGACUAUUGAUGGGUCUAUGUGUGGUCCUGUUCUUGAUGAUGUGAAAGUUCUUCAUGUCCGUAAAUCUUAAGUGAAUGUCCUAAAGAUGUAAUAGAAUGUGCAAUUGGUUAUUACGCAAUGCUAGUACUUAGUAGUAUUAUCUAUAUAUGUCAUCAACCCCAUCUAGGAGGUUUUUCAGGGUUUCUAGAUGUUAUAUUGGUUUGAGAGUUCAUUAAGUGUUUCGAAAUUGAUGUAUCUAUUUAUUACAAUUUUAUUAAUUUUAUUGAUCAAAUGAAAAUAUUCAUUUGUUCUUAAUAA